AUGAGGAAAAAAAAGACCCUUAAAGUCACAGCCGUGUUUUUGUCUCACCUUCAGCGGCCUCCUGCUUUUUCUGCAAGGUUUGCCUUCCCAGACUGGGCCUACAAGCCGGAGUCGAGUCCUGGUUCCAGACAGAUCCAGCUCUGGCACUUCAUCCUGGAGCUGCUGCGGAAGGAGGAGUACCAUGAUGUCAUCGCCUGGCAGGGGGAUUACGGCGAAUUCGUCAUCAAAGACCCGGACGAGGUGGCACGACUGUGGGGUGCCCGCAAGUGCAAGCCCCAGAUGAAUUAUGACAAGCUCAGCCGAGCGCUCAGAUACUACUACAACAAAAGGAUCUUGCACAAGACCAAAGGGAAAAGAUUCACCUACAAGUUCAACUUCAACAAGCUGGUGCUGGUGAACUAUCCAUUCAUUGACAUGGGCUCUGCAGGUUCUGGUGUUCCACAAAGUGCACCGCCUGUCCCAUCAGGUGUAAGCACUCAUUUCCGCUUCCCUCCAUCCACGCCAUCGGACGUCCUCUCUCCUAGCGAGGAACUGCGCAGUCCUGGUGUCUUCAGUGCUGUGCCUCGACGCAUAGCUCGUGGCUCUGUCUCCGACUGCAGCGAUGGCACCUCCACCAACUCGGAGCUUGAGGAAACUGGCAUAGCUCCCGGUGACGACCGCCUGGCCGACCGUGCCUUCAGAAACCUGCUCCAUCCGCGCUUGUCCCAUGAUUCCUUGUUCCGUGUCUACGGUGCACCGCCCAACCCAACUGGGCUCCCCAGGAGUGGGCACCAUGCACCCCCACACAGGGUCCACCCUGAAUCCUUGUCUCCAUUCCCAGUGUCCCCUCUCCCAGGCCCUGGAGGCUUGCUGGCUCCUGCUCUUUCUCCAGCUCUCUCCAUGACCCCUACAUCUCACAUGCCCUACACACCUUCUCCAUCCCUGUCUCCCAUGCUGGGUUCCCACUUCUCGUUCAAUCCAGAAGACAUGAAGCGUUACCUGCAAGCUCACACUCAGAGUGUCUACAACUAUCAUCUGAGUCCCCGUGCAUUCUUUCACUAUCCCAACAUCAUCAUCCCCCAGCCCCAGCGCCCAGACAAGGGACUGGGAGCACCAGCGGGUGUAGGUCCACACCUGUCAAGUCACCCUCUGCACCAUCAGGCUGAGGAGCCUCAUUUAUCUCCGUUCAAGUUCAAGUUACAGCCACCACCACUGGGUCGCAAACAGAGAGAAGGGCCAAACCCGGCUGGAGCAGGACAUGCUUCAAAUUCUGGAAGAGCUGCUGCUUCCUUCUCUUACAGCGGGGAGCCUGGUGCAGCCUCAAAUUCUGCUUCAUCUGGAAUGAUGACCAACAACUCAACCCUAGGUGGUCCACCAAAGAUCAAGGUUGAGCCCAUCUCAGACAUGGAGUCGGAGGAAGAAGUCGAGGUCACCGACAUCAGCGAGGAGGAGCAAGACGACGACGAAUGUGAUGUCUUUUCCCCUCCUCACCCUAAUGGUGGCCUUGCCCCUCCACCCAACCAUGAUCGCAUGACUGAUGAUGAUGAUUUCGAGGAAGAUGUCUUCAAGACCCCAGCUGCCCCUACCUCAGGGGUUGGGGUAAAUCUUUUAGGUCUUAAAGCAGAACCCCGAGAGCUAAACCUGGGCCAGGGUGCUCCCAUUAGCCCCGGGGGUACGCGCUGCAUCCCUCUGAAGCUGCGUUUUAAACGCCGCUGGAGUGAGGACCAGCGAAUGGAGGCGGGAACCGAAGAGGCCGAGGACAAGAAGAGCAGGGCAGAGAGGGAGGAGCUUACCCAGGAGGUGGAGCCUAAACUGGGGGAGGAAAAUGGAGAGCGGAAGAGUCCGGAGACUUUGGCUGCACACCUGGAGACGGGCCAGAGGAGGGUGAGCUCUGAGCUGCAGCGAGCGACAGCACAGUUGUCUUUAGAAAACAACGUUUGCUGA